AUGAACAAACUCAGGCUUUCUUCAAAGAGGAAUCGAUCGCUUUCGACAACGAAUUCUCCCGAUGUGGACGAGCAUAAGCAUUAUGAUUCACUCGCAAAGCUACAGAAUGAUCUUUCCCGGAUUGAAUCAAGCUGGAAUAAGGUUAUAACUAAGGAUGCGAAUCCGCUUGAACUGGCUCUGCAAUUUUUGGAUGACACCUCCGUCGGACUUGGACACCGUUAUGGAGAGUUUCACCAACUGAAAUCGCAGAUUGCGAACAACCUUCAGGAGGCAGCUAAUGAACACUACCAAACAUUUGCGAACAGCAUUGCCUCGUACGGGCAGACUGUUAAGUACUUAAAUGACUCUAGAGGUAAUAUAAGCCAAGUGAAGGGAAAGGUGGAGGGGGUAAUGGCGUCCCUGACAGUGGAAGAUCCCGAAUUGGAUGAGUUGAAUAACGAAUCGAUGAAGCAUGCGAAGAUGAUAGAGACUCUGAACGCCAUUGAACAUGUCUUACUGAUCCCUGGGCGGGUAGAGAAGUUCAUCAGUGAGAGGCAGUUUAGCAGUGCUCUAGAAUCCCUCGUACAGGGAUUUACACUUGCACAGAACCAUCAUCUCUGGCAAAUUUCCGCACUCAGCCGUACCAAACAACAGCUAGAGGCACAGGAGAAUACGCUGUUUGACACAGCGCUGGAAGAGCUUGUUGAGUUAGUGUACUCCAAACAAAAGUCUGUCUUUUCGGAUUUGAAUUUCCUGGAUCAUGUUGCAACGGAGGAGGGGUUCAACACGCUGGAGAGCCAUCUGCAUCAAGUGAUCAGUAUAGAUAUCAUGGAGCAUUCGAGUAAGAUGAACAGGCAACUGCAAGAGUUCCUUAAAAGAUUGGAAGCCAGAAAGGCUGAGGGCAACUCGUCUGUUCAGCUUACUGUACAGAACGAAACCGAUUACGACCGUAUAUUCUCUUUACUUUGCGUCCUGAACAAUAUGAACAAAUUGUCGUCUGCUCUGGAGCAGGUAGUUGCGAAGAACAAGGAAGAACUGCAUCUCAUUGUGACGAAGGCGGUUGAUAACGUUCGUGCCAAAUUCCCUAAUAUCUUAAAAAUGGUUGAUGCUAUAAAGGACAGGUCUAAUUUUGGAAUUUCAGAUAGCAACUUUCUUUCCAUUGUGUUGCGGAAACUGUUCUGGGAGAUAUUCACCAAAUUUCUAAUGGCUGCCCAAGGACAUCGUGUGAUAUAUGAGAUUCGAGAGUCCAUGCAUACCUCCUCCAACAGCAAGUAUCCCGCCCAAAAGGUGUGGGAUGAGAUUUUGGCAGAAAUUGGUAACCUUUUGAAAUCUUACACUAGUGAUCCUACCAUUUACACUAGUACUCAUUCGCGCCACAGACGCUCGAGUGCUGCAACCAGUCAUUUACCGCAAAAGAAAAAUCUAUUCAAUUUGCAAAAUAAUCUAGUGGAUAGUAAUGCGACGAGAAAUCAUGCCAAUGCAUUGAAAAGUCUGCUGCAGGAUAUGUUCCCCGGCUUCACCUCAAAUUCCAACUUAGAUCUUGAUGAAAUAUAUCUGGAAGAUGACCGCUUCGAAGAAGAAGACACGCUAAUCCCGCUGUCAGUUUUCAACAUGAAGGUCAUCUUAGAGUCAUUCUUGGUCUUUGUUGAAGGAACCAAGAACGUCAUACCUGCCCAAUUUGCUGAGGAAACUGUCUCCUCACUGGUUUUUUUCCAGGAGUAUAUGAACAACGUAUUCUUGCCCCGGCUAGACAGAACUAUAAAUUACUUUUACGAACAGCAGGUAGAGCCUAACAAUCCAUUUGCCCUUGAGACUAUCAAUGAUAGCAGUGUUAUACUGAAGACAGCCAUUGACUUUAGAAAUCUCUUCAUCAGAUUAUUAUAUGUUAUGAACACAAGCUAUAAUUAUCGGGAGGGUAUUUCUGAUAUUUUACUCUCCCUUUUGCAUAGGUUCUACACAUACUACUACAAUCUAUUCCAAAACUUGCUGACUUCCGCUAAUUCCAGAUUCACUAAGAAGCUCGUAGCAACAUGGCUUAGCGAUGAAGAGCUCAUUUCGAUUACAGAGAACAUACUUUGCGAUGACGACACAUACGUACCCCAGGAAACAACCGCCCUGCUCAAAUACUGUCCUGAUUACGAUAAGAAGAGUGGUGUAGUCUCCAAGAAUGAUUUCUUCAGCAGUAGCACUAUUGACACCAUAACCUAUUUCCUGGGCACACUCACUUGGUUGCGCGAGUGGCUCCCACAGCUCAAGCAGGAGGUAAACGAGGAUGACUACACGGUCGAUGUGAACAAUAUUGACAAACUCCGGAGCAAUUGGUCUUUCUUUGAAAUGGUCGAUCUCGAAAAGAUGGACAAGAUGGGCUCGCUCAAGUUCCUUCUCACAGGCCGUUCUCUGGAGAAGUUCAACAGUAUCGUAAAGGGCUUUUUGGAACUGGAGUACAAGCUUCUCAGCUGCCUGCGGUACGAUGUCCGUGCUAAGUGCAUAUACAACAUUACCGAGAUGCUCCACACCUCUAAGUGGAAUCCUGACGCCACUUCCAUCGAGCUUAACCCCUACAUUACUGCGUUAACUUCGGAGAUCGGCUUACUUGAGAAUAAGCUUUCACAGAGGAGCAACGAUCAGCAGCGCCAGGUCGUCUUUGUUGGUCUGUCUUACCUCAUUAACAUAGGCUUUCUGGCCUGUUCUCAUUCUAUCAGGGUUUUGAAUACCAACGGUGUGAAGAAGAUCAUCCGUAAUGUAAAUGUUCUUCAGCAAACCUGCCGCAACAUAAGCUCUACUCCAGAGAAGGAAGAUAUGUCUCUCACUUUGAACUAUUUUGCAAUGUGCUCUAUGAAUGAAAACACUGUUGUCGAAUAUUAUAAUGAAGGCAAACUGAGCCAAUACACUCUGGAGGAGGUUAAGAAUAUUCUGAGACUGCAGUUCAGUGAGGAACUAUACCGCAAACUAAGGCAUAAGAGUGGAACUCGUGUUGUUUCGAUUUCUAGCAACAAAAGAUAUGAAGACGCAGUCAAUAGAUUGGUUACACCGACCUAG